AUGAGGCUCUUAGCGCUGGUGCCGCUACUUAUGGCUCCGUCCCGAGCCUUUUUCUUCCACUACCCGAGUGUUCACGGCGAUUCGUAUAGCUACGAGGGCGACGGUGAUGCCCCUGACCACCCCGAGAAUCUUUUCCAGCCGGACGACACCUUCACCGAUGUCACGCUGGAGAACUGGGAUCUGAGCCAAGUCGCGGUUCUUAAUCUCCCUCACACAGUCCAGAAAUUGAGUCUUGUCAAGUGUAAGCUGUCUGUCAUCCCGGAGGAAGUGCGCACUUUGAAAAAUUUGCGGGAAUUGUACGAUAGCCGAGCGCUCUCUUCAUUUUGGUGUCAGUUUGAAGACUGA